UAAGCAACACAGCACAACUUCGUCAGCGUUUGCCACCAGAAUCGAGAAAAGCUGUAUUUAUCGUUUGUCCACGUUUGGAAUCAGAAAGGGAUAGCGAGUUGGGUAUCUUCGCAUCGUCUUCCGGAGAUUCACGCGGAUUGCCUCGAAUUUCACUGUUAGUGAAAGUGGGGCUCCCUAUCUCGUGGAAAGAUUCUAGAAAGCCACAAGACGUGUAGUACUUGAAUAUACACAUCAUGUCAGGAAAAGUUGUGAGUCACCGCGCGAAGAUCCUGUCCAUGUACCGUGAUGUACUUCGCUUAUCCCGAACCUGGGAGCGGUCCAGCGAGAGGCAAUAUAUCAGGGAUGAGGUGCGAACUCUUGUGAGAAAGAACAAAUUCCUCACCGAUUCAAAAGAAAUUGAUUUUAAGGUUCACGAGUUUGAGACUAGAAUAGAGACGGGAAUUCACUACAAAAUUCCAUACCCCCGUCCCGUUAACGUGGCACCAGGUGCUACAGGAAAGGACCCAGAAACUGUCACACCUGUUUAUCUCCAUUCGUACAAAGAAGGAACAGCCUCGGAGAGCUCGCCCCGAAGAAAAGCCAAUGUCCCCAUAUAUGAUGAGUAG